CGAAUAAAAUAGAAGAAAUCAAUUUUAUAGAAAUUUGCAUUCAAAAAAAUUGAAAUCUAAAACUAAAAUUUGUGUGGCAUAUCCCCAAGGUUGAAAGUUACCCCGCCGAUAUAUACGGGCAAUAAAUACUUUCUUGCGCAGCCUCUUCAUUACGGCUUGAAUUCUGGUCAAACUGUGUUUAACAUGCAAGCAUUAGCGUCAUCAGAUACCAUGGAAGGAGAAGUUGCUGAAGCUGAUUUGGAGUUGAUAAAUUCCAUCGCAAGUGAUGAAGAAAUGCUCAGUGUAGUAUUAGCCUGGAUUUUAUCUCAUCCAUCCAAUGCAUCUGCUUCCUCUUCUUUUUCUAAGGCCAUUGAAAAUAAGCUCAAUGCUACCUCUGUUUUCUCUUUUGCAGUCUCAUUUCUGAAUUACAUAAGGUCCCAAACAUUCCCCUUUCUGCAGUCUGCUACAGAUCAAGCGGACUCAAGUUUGAUUUUGUCUAAUCCAGAAGAAAUUUUAGUGGAACAAAUGCCUAGAGAGCAGAAGAAGAGUAUGCUCAAAUUUGGAGAGAAAAUUAAGGUUUUGGAAGCGAGGACAAAUGGAAGAGGGAGAUCUGCUAUAAAUUCUACUACCAAGGCCAGUUUUGUGCGUCCGCCUGAAGUUAAGUAUGAAGACGAGUAUCCAGCACUUGGUUCUGUUCCUUCCAAAGAAGCCAAGAAAAAGGGGAAUCUCAAUGCAACAAAGCAGGCACGGCGAGUGAAUCCUACACCAUCAGCAAUUCUUGCUGUGGACAGUUCUUUUGUUCUUGCUAAUCUACAGCCAUCUAAGGAAUCAGAACUCGAUACCAAUAAAGAUUUAGCAGUGCAUAAGUCCCUUAAAGUUGAUAUGGAUGUGCUAAUGGACCGUUGCAGUAAAACUAGGAAUCACAGGCACCCAGAGGCUCCAACCGAGGAUAUUAAAGCACAGAAGGUCUCACAUUUGAGCUGGCCAAUGAAUUCUUCCCAAAACCAUGCCAAUAUUAAUUCAAAAUCUAAGGUCAAGGACCAUUUGCCACAGUGUUUUGUUUCCAAUGGAGAAACUCAAUUGUCUUCAGAAGUUCCUUGUAUAGACCCUAGCCUACCUUCUAAGAUGUUUUUUGGCAAGCUUAAGAGGUUUGCAGAAGUUCAUGCAAAGCUUAUUAUGAAUAAGAUGGUUCCCUCUUUGAUUGGGGAGCUCUACUUUCUACUGCAGCUUCUGAGUUUGGAGGGUCUCUGUGGGGACGGGCAUGAUAAGCUAACCAUCAUUCAAGAGAAGCCGGAUAUAGCUGGAAAAUUAUUCAAAGAUGAAAAGAGUUGUUCAUUUUAUGCCUGCAAGACACUUGAGCAAGCAGCAAAACUCCUAGAUUGUGUUGGAGAGCAACUCCUUGCUACUCUUAUCGAGCAACCUGCGAUUUUGUGUUAUUCACCAUCUUUACUUCCUCGGCUAAGGGGUGCUUUAGCAGAACAUCAAUCUGCAGCAUUGCGUUCUUUCAAGGCAUACGAAUCUGCAUAUGGAGCAAAAUGUGCCUUACAGGAAUCACCCAACAAAUUUAGAGAGAAGAGACCACAAAAGCAUCUGCCUAUGGCCAUGCCUACAUCCUCACCAUUUCAAGCUGCUAGAGAUUCUCGUAAUAACUUCCGGACUAUAGCGUUUCAACGAAUAUACAACAACCGUGAACAGUGCAGGGAUCAUUUUUUUGAAAUAAUACGGGAGGCUGCCUCAUCACAAAGUGCUUUUGGAUUUGCCACAUUUGGCAAGGAUAAUGAUGCCUACAUAAAGCUACAUCAAAGUGUGCAAAGUUUGUCAAAAAUGUUGAUGGUUGAGAACUAUCCCUGGUUUUCUGAGCUCUUCAUUGAGCAGUAUUUGCAGGCAUCUUCAUAUGGUGAAACAGACCCAGAAGUUACAGGUUUAGCACGACACAAUGCUGCAAAGUUGCACAGGCUGCAUGAUCGUUUAACAUCUGAAUCUAAUAACCAGCCUCUGGUAUUUUUGCCACAAAGAGGAUCUCAAGGGCCAGAUACUUCUGAUAAAUAUCAGGUGCUUUCAACUGGUAAUACUUGGAAUAAAGCUAAGCUUUCCCAGUCUUCGAAGGCCCCUUUACCACAGGGAACCAUCCAAAAUUGGGAGGAUAUUAACUGUAAGGCUUGUUUGUCUGAGGGAUUCUCAAAAGCUUUUCCUCAGUCAACAAGGACAUACAUCUUGUUUCUUGAAGCAGCUGAUAGUUAUCGACUAAAUAGCCAGUUAUUGUGCAGCAUCAGAUCAAAAAUGCAUAAACUAAUAAAGCUUCCACUUUACUCUCGGGAUGUAGCAGAUAUUGGAGCAAGUUUCACACAAAGAGUUCUUUCCCUAAAAUCAUUAGGUUGCUUAAUGGGAUUCAUUUUCUUUUAUCCAGAAGCAGGAUCAUUGCCACCUAUUCCUCCAGAGAUAGGCUGUGAGCUUUCUUGUUCAGAAUCAGAUAUACCUCAAUGCCAUCCUCCCAUUGAUUUAUUGGAAGAGUUAGAUAAUGCCAGAUCACAUGAAUCUCUGUUGUUAGUAUUACCCUGGAUCCUUGAUUUUCUAGGGAUAUUGAAGCAGGUUGUCCCAAGUCAAGCAACACAGCCUUACUUUGGAAAAGUAUUCUCUUCAUUGAAGGCUCUGUAUUCUUUACCAAUGCUCGACCCAUCCAAGAGUGAUUUUGGGGUGAGUAGUGUUUGCAUCCUUGUGGCAUUGGAUAGCUUCUUUGAAGAUAUGAGCAUGUUAAAUAUCCAUUGCAACUCUCCGAACAAAGCUAUAAUGGAAACAAAUGAGAGUGAUAAAAAAAGAUUGAACAAGGACAAUAGAAUAAGUAUCGAAGGUGAAGAUCAUCAUAAAAGUGUAAUUUGUGGUGGCAUUGACAGAAUGCUUGGUAUAAUUGAUACCAGUUACAUUCAACAUUGUUGCCCGCUUCUGAUGGCCAUGAAAUCUGUUCUUGUAGCAGCCAAGGGACGGAAAAUGCCAUCAGCAUGUUCUCAGACACAGCGUAAUAAUUACAUUCGUAAGAUUACACCAAUCCAAAACUCAAGGGAGAGCCAGUCUCAUGCAUAUAACAACAUGCUUGGGGAAUCUAUCAUUGUGAAAAAUGUAAUGGAUAAUGAUAAGGAUCAGCUUAAACUUAAACUCCAGCAUGUAUUUCUUGAACAAAGACCUAAUCUACAGAGGCUAGUAGAUUUUAUAGUGGAUACAACUGCAGUGAAUGCUGCACAUGCAGCUUCUCUUAAGUGUGUUCCACAAAUUCUAGAAGAUAUGAUGAAUAAAUUGCAAGUUGCCAUAAUGGAUCGGUUCCCAAAUCUCUCUGAAGUACAGAGUAUUGAAGAGUUUGAAAAUAUGCUUAAUGCAAGCAAUUUUGAGGAAGCUACAGAACAUAUAGUCAGCACUGCUAUUCAACAGGUUUUACCUGCAGCUAUUGACUAUGCAAGACGACACUCUGCUGAUAGAACAGUGAAAGCUUUAUCUGCUUUAGCCGCACCUGAUGAAUCUCCAUAUGUUUUGAGUGUUGCCGGUGGAAUUGCUUCUGAGGCAGCUGCUAUUGCGGUUAAUAAAAAAACUCUUGCUAACGUUUCCAGUGAGAUCAGAAAGAGAAUAACUAGAGCAAUUGAUGAUUGGCGGAAAAAGAUUCAAAAGCAGAUGAAGGGUAAAAAGCUUUUGGAAAGAGUACAUCAGGAGGCCGAUGUUUUGACUUCAAGAUGUAUGAAUAUUGUGACCGACAUUAAAGAAAAGGAUGCAACUUGUAACUCCUCCACCAGUAUGCUUUCUGUGCAAAAUGGCCCUUCAAAUAUUAUGGUAAAGAAUAUUUGUGGUUUGGAACAAAUAGAGAUAGAUGCUAAGCAAAAACACUUUCCAGCCGAUGGGGUGGAUUUCUUUCACUUGCAACAUACAGAAUUAAACAUGAAUUAUAUGGCUUUAAAGGCUGAGAAGAUUGCUCGCUCUUGCCAUAAAGUGUCAGAUUGCUGCUCACAGGGCACACUUUUGGAUGGAGCAAGAAAUUCGCUGAGGCUUCAUUUGGCAUCUGUGUGUGUUCUAAUUGAAAGCAUCCUGGCCAACGCAGAGAAGGGGCUUCCAUUGGGAGGUUUUGAUGCAAUUGUUUUUGAACCUGAUCAAACAUUCAGUAAUAUCUUGUUGGAUGAAGAAAAUUUUGAUGCAUAUAGGAUUGAGAAUGGCUUGGUUCGUCGUUCUAUUGCCCUUGCUGCCUAUUGGUGCCUUAUACUUCCAUGGGCAGCAUUUGGCUUCACACCUGGGAAAUUGGUAGAAUGCUCUUCUAGCAUAGCACAAAACAUUGAUUUAGGGGAUGACCUAAUUCCAUGCCUGGACUUUAACAUGUCUCAAGCUGGUGACACAGCUUCAGAAUGUCAAAAGGAAACAGUUAAGUUAAACAAGGCAGGUUGUGAUCAACAUACAGAGUAUGGAUCUGUUGAAUCUGGCCGUGGAGUUGAUGAACAGUUCACCAUAGGAAGCUGUAACUCUUUAAGUCAAUCCAUAUUUGAUCUUCAAAGGGAGAAUAAUGAGGAUUGUCCCAUGAAAUAUCUGGUAUUCAUGUGGAAAUCUUUAAUUAAAACAGGAGUAUGCAAUUUAGAGACAGUUAUUUCAGAAUUCUUCUCUCCUUGGAGAUGGCAGUUAGCUUUGCACAAAAAGCCUUGGGAUGGUGCACCUUCAUGGUUUGGAGCUGCAGCAAAUGGCAUAUUAAAUACCAUGGUUGAUAUUACUGAGAUUGUGCCAGAGAAAACAAAAGCAUUGAAGCUGUUGUUGGACUCAUUUGAGGGCAUUUACGGAAAUAGUUUUUGUAAAUUUAAGAGUUCAAAUGAAGAAAUGUGCCAAGAGAAAAGGGAGUUCACAUCAAUAGAGGCAAAAAGACUAAUACAGUGUAUUUCCAUAGAAUUGAUGAAGUUGAAAUCAAAAAAAUGAAAUUCUCAAUGAGGUGAAGCUACAGGCUAACAAGAUCCUCUGUAAAUUAUUACCGUAUUGCAACAGUUCUGCUGUUCAAUAUGUUCUUUCUGUAAUAUCAUUGAAUUUUUGGGAUC